AUGAAUGAAUAUGUAUCAAUAUUUGGAUAUCCUAAUACUAAUAUAAGUUUACCUUUGCAAACAAUUUAUGCAAAAUUAAAAUUCGAUCCAACACAUUCAUCGAUAACUGCAAUGAAAACGAUCGAAAUGAAUGACGAAUUGAAGCGUCAUCCUGGUUCAGGUAAAACUACUCUAUCAAAAUGGUUAGUAAAUAACAUGGCUAAACAAUGUUUAGGUGAGAAAAAUAUUUCAUUUGAUAAUAAUUAUUCUAUCAAAAAUAAAAAGCUCUUUCAUGUAGGCUAUAAAAAUUAUAACACUCCAUCAGGUAUUUCAGAAUAUCAUGAAAUAGCUCAAUUUCUUCGGUUAAAUAAUAAUGAAAGAACAUCAUUCACCUAUUAUUACCAAGAAGCUUGGGAUAGAGAUGAUGCAGCUUAUAGCAUAAUUAUAAAUCUUGCUAAAGUAGUACUUAGAGGAAACUCUGGACGAUAA